AUGGAGCCUACGCCACCUCCACCACCGCUGCCGCCGCCAUCGUCGCCGGGAGUUUCGGAACCCCAACUCAAAGACUGCAUAGAAGAGCUUAUCAAAUUUACGCUCCUGUCCUCAAUAAAAGGCAAACUCAACACGGAUCUCUCUGAUGAUUACUGCGUCCAUCUCCUCAAAGAUGAUCUCUCAAAUCCAUUCCCCACUCAAAAUAACGAUAAUCUCACCACUGAAGAUUCUGAAGGAGUUCCAUUGUAUCCUUUAUACAAACGCCUAGCAUCUUAUCUUUAUCGAUCUAUAUCUUCUGGAGCCUUGUGCGUGGGACAUAAUGAAAUUAUUCCGACAGAAGAAGACGAUUUGUUAAAGCAGAAAGUAGAUGAGUGGAAUAAGUUAAUUAUGGAAAAGGGUCCGGCUUUAUUGAGGUUGUUGGCAAAGGUGGACUUUGAGCUUCACGUUCAGGAGCCAUUCUUUUCCCAGCUUAAUGAUGGACUAAAAACAAUUGAAGGAAGGUGUGCCUUUGGUCACUACAAACAAAUCAAAUCAGGAGAUAUACUCCUCUUCAACAAAUGCGUGAUGCUUCAAGUUCAGGACAUCCACCAAUAUGCUUCAUUUCGUGAGAUGUUGGAAGCAGAGAGCCUUGCAAAAGUUCUUCCAGGAGUAGAAAAUAUUGAAGAAGGUGUGCAAGUCUACAGGAAUUUCUAUUCAGAAGAAAAGGAAAGGUUGAAUGGAGUUAUUGCUAUUUGUAUUGAAAAACCAACUUCUCAGCUUUACGAUUGUAUGGCCUCCAUACUUCGGGGAUUGAGUUAUGGAGGAGUUCAACGGCUCUUGGGCUUUGUCCAGACAACGGGAACAAGUACAGAAUCACUUCCUCCUCCACCGUCAGUGCUGCUCUCUUCAUUUUUGUUGCCACAUAAUACGAAUGUUAAAGGCUCGACCUUGACUAAUGGAGCGAGGGCCUUAGCAAAGCAUGUCAGUAGAAGCAGCAGUGGAUAUUGGGGCUCCCUAUGUGGAAGCGAUUCGGAAAAGAACAGGGCUGCCAUGGACAUUGUUAGUUGCCUACUAACUCGUUGUAGCUGGCUGAAUAUGCAUACUGUUCCACCACAUGGAGUCGUGUUCGAGAUAAGGAUUAAGGAUGGUUAUGGUGCACGAUGGUCUGCAGAUGGAACUAAGUUCAUAGGAUUUCUCGAGCCGUACAUGGCGGAUGGUCACUCAAAGGGCUGGAAGCAUUAA